AUGGCUUCGUUCGACUGGCUAGUCAAGGUCAAAACCUGGGUGUUUCCAGUCUUUGUACCAAUUGCCAGCUUUGAUGACAUCUUCGCGCCAAGAUUGAUUCAGGCACUAGAAGAUGCAUUUGAGCAACCGCCAUAUCCUAUCAAGGGCCUACUAUUCACGAACCCAAACAAUCCAUUCGGUCAAGCCUACCCCAGAGAAACCAUCGUCGAGAUCAUCAAGUGGUGCGAUAGAAAAAGAUUGACCUGA